AUGACGUUCACCCGCUUUGCCUUUUUCUCUUUACUGGCCACGGCCGCCGCCGCGGACCACCUCCAGCAGCCUAAGAAGAGUCCCGUUCUGAACGAGAUCACUUCACAAGGAUGUUUCGACUCCCUUCCCAACGACGUGAUCUCGGGACAAAAUAGUACCUUCAACAGUGUCGGCACGUGUGCAGAUUACUGUCAAGAACAGAACACGGAAGUCGCUUUGCUCCAGGGCAAAGCAUGUUUCUGCUCCCACAGCUACCCGCCCGAAGACUCUCAGGUCGACGACGACCAGUGCAACGUUCCCUGCCCUGGAUACACCAAUGAUGCCUGUGGAGGAGAAGAUGCCUUCAGUGUGUACAACCUUGGAGUUGAGCUGCUGCCCGGUGAUGACGGCGGAGAAAGCAAGGGGGAGACUACUGCCACUUCUACCGCCCCAUCGUCCACCAAGUCCGCUGCCACAACCACUGUUCACAGCGCCUCUACGACCGUCAGCACUUCCGGAGAGACCAAGAAGAUCUCUACAACUGAGUCUGAACAAGGAUCUGUAUCUACAGCAGCCGUAGAAGAGCCAUCUAAAGUUGCCAACUCAGCAAGCGACAGCGUUCUCUCGGCCACGCCUAGUGCAUCAACAAUUACGAACAACGGCGCGCUUAGGUUCUCAAACCCGAUUGGUAACGCUGUCCGACUGAUGCGUCAGUUCUUGGAGUAG